CAUCACCACGCGUUUACCCGCGCUUCACUCCGAUCGCCGAAUCGCCGAGGCGCCGCAUCGCCAUACACGGGAAAGGAGUGGAGCACCUGAUCUGAUCAGCCGGCUGGGAACGAGGAAAGCCUCACAAGCAGCACCAGCAGCACCAGCAGCAGCGACCACAGCAGACCAACCGCACAUGAGCCAGUCGCAGGCUCCGCAGCAGCCGCCAGAUUCAGCCAGUCAAGUCAGCAGUUGAGAGGAGGAGAGGAUGGCGAAUCGUCAGAAGGUCGCUUACUUCUACGACUCUGACAUCGGGAGCUACUACUAUGGUGCGGGGCACCCCAUGAAGCCGCAGCGCAUGAAGAUGACACACGCGCUCAUCAUGGCGUAUGACCUAUACAGGAAGAUGGAGGUCAGCCACACACGCACACAAGGGAGGGAGGGAGGCCGGGAGGGAGGGACGGAGGGAGGAGCCUGUGUGUGUGUGUGUGUGUGUUGUGUGUGAAGGUGUACCGUCCCCACAAGGCGAGUGACCCUGAGCUUGAGAUGUUCCACGAGCAGGACUACAUCAACUUCCUCUCACAGAUCAACCCAGAGACCACAAAGGUCAGACAGACAGACAGACAGACACACAAGGAAGCACACGCACACAUGAUCAGGUUCUUACGUGUGUGUGUGUGUGUGUGCGUGUGGUGCUGCUGUUGACCGAUCAGGAUUGGAUCCAGCAGAUGAAGCGCUUCAACGUGGGCGAGGCCACCGACUGCCCCGUCUUCGACGGACUCUUCGAGUUCCAGGUGUGUGAAUGAGUGAUACCGACCAAUCUGCUGCCUGUCUGUCUGCUUGCGAUGUCCAUCUGUGUGCGUGCGUAUGUGUGUGUGUGUGUGCAGCAAUCGUGUGCGGGUGCGUCGAUCGACGGCGCGCAGAAGCUCAACAACGGCCAGAGCGACGUGUGCAUCAACUGGUCUGGGGGGCUGCACCACGCCAAGAGGGCAGAGGCCUCGGGCUUCUGCUACAUCAAUGUGAGAGCGCACGGGCAGACAGACGUCCAGGCGACCACAGACACCCAGAGAGGGAGAUUCACCCAUCCAUCUCUCUGUGUGUGGGUGGGUGGGUGGAUUGGUCCAGGACAUUGUGCUGGGCAUAUUGGAGCUGCUCAAGUACCAUGCUCGCGUAAUGUACGUCGACAUCGACAUUCAUCACGGCGAUGGGGUCGAGGAGGCAUUCUACGUCACACCGAGGUAGGUGGGUGCAGUCAGGCAGACACACACAAUACAGUACUGAACGCCAUAGCCAGGUGGAAUCGCCUGUAUGUCUGUGGUUGUCCUUGUGUGUGUGUGUGUGUGUGUGUGUGUGUGCAGGGUGAUGACAGUGUCGUUCCACAAGUUUGGCGACUUCUUCCCGGGCACAGGGGACAUCACCGACGUCGGAGCCCAGAAAGGUGACUGACCAGCCAAACAGAUGCUAUGCUGCACACCGAUGAGUGAGUGCUCCAUCUGCCUGUUGUCUGUCUGUCUGUCUGUCUGUCUGUGCGUGUGUGGUGUGGCACAGGCAAGUACUACUCAGUGAACGUGCCGCUGCAGGACGGCAUCGACAACGAGUCCUUCCUGGCCCUUUUCCGCCCCAUCAUGAACAAGUGCGUCGAAGUCUACAGGCCGGGCGCAAUCGUCCUCCAGUGCGGCGCUGACUCGCUCCACGGUAAAUAGGGGGCGAUCGAUGGAUGCAUCGCAUCCAGCCAUCCACACACACAUGCAUGUGAUGUGGCUGCACAUGACAUGUGGCGGGUGGGUGGGUGCGUUCAGGUGACCGUCUGGGCAAGUUCAAUCUGACGAUCCAGGGCCACGCUGCGUGUGUCAAGCACUGCCAGUCUUUCAACAUCCCGCUGCUGGUGCUGGGCGGCGGCGGAUACACCAUACGGAACGUCGCUCGGUGAGUGAGCAGUCGUCAGUCCAGUCAACACACAGACAGGGAAGGAGGGAGGGAGGGACCAGUGGGAUGCCGGCCGAUAGGUGAAUGCCUGUGUGUGUGUGUGUGUGUGUGUGUCCAUGGGAUGGGCGUGCCCAUCCAUCCAUCCAUCAGGUGCUGGACUUAUGAGACGGGUGUGAUCCUCGGUGACGAGAACAACAUGGACAACCAAAUACCUACAAACGUACGGAUCGCAUCCCAUGUGCCCACCCACCCACUCAGGCACUCAGAGGGAUAUGGCCUUCGUGUGUCUGCGCUUGUUGACCAGGACUUUUACGAGUACUUCCACCCCUCGUACGAGCUGCUGCUGCCGGCCGGCGGGACGGUCGUCAACCAGAACCCCAAAGACCACCUGCAGAAGACCAAACAGCGGGUAUUCGAAAAUCUCGGAUUUCUCGAACACGCCCCAGGUCGGUACCAACCACACACAACACACCCAACCACACACACACGCACGCACAUUGCCCCGUGUGUUGUGCACCCUUCUCUCUCCUCCCUCUCUGUCUCUCUCUUUCUGUGUGUGUGUUUAGGCGUUCAGUUUUCGCACGUCCCGCCGGAUUUCUUUGACGACAACGACGACGAGGACGAAGAGAUGCAGCGGACUGUGGGGUGGUCGGGCGGCGGCCGGGCCCCGGGCAUCAUGGACGGGGGCAAGGGCACACACAGAGUAAGGGGCAGGGACAACCCCAAUGACCUCUACCCUGAGAACCUUAGAGCGCGAGCAGGAUGAAUGACCAGACUGAUCGACUGACAUGCCUGUGGGCGUCCAUGCCAGGCACACUCACAGAGAGAG